AUGGUGGAGGUUCUGGAACAGUUCUUUAUUUUUACAGGAGUGUUGGUAUGUCUGGUGUACCUGGUGAAGUGUGUGAGACUGGCCAAAUGUAUUGUUCUGCACUUCUGGAAAGUUUUACCAAGAUAUUUCUUACAGUCAAUGGGACAAUGGGCAGUGAUCACUGGAGCAGGAGAUGGGAUUGGGAAAGCUUACUCAUUUGAGCUCGCAAAACAAGGACUCAAUGUUGUACUUAUCAGCCGGACACUGGAAAAAUUGCAGACUAUUGCCACAGAGAUUGAGGAGACUACAGGAAGUAGUGUGAAGAUUAUACAAGCAGAUUACACAAAAGAUGACAUCUAUGAGUCUAUCAAAGAAAACCUUAAAGGCUUAGAAAUAGGAAUUUUAGUCAACAAUGUUGGGAUGCUUCCAAGCCUACUCCCAAAUCAUUUCCUUAACACACCGGAUGAAAUCCAGAAUCUCAUCCAUUGUAAUGUCACCUCGGUAGUCAAGAUGACACAGCUGAUUCUUAAACAUAUGGAAUCAAGGCGGAAAGGACUAAUCUUGAACAUUUCUUCUGGAGUAGCCCUGUUUCCUUGGCCUUUAUACUCUUUAUAUUCAUCUUCCAAGGCUUUUAUGUGCACAUUUUCCAAGGCACUCCAAGUGGAAUAUAAAGCAAAAGGAAUAAUUGUACAGGUUCUGACUCCAUAUGCUAUUUCCACCUCAAUGACAAAAUAUUUAAACCCCAACAUGAUAACCAAGACUUCUAAUGAGUUUGUUAAAGAAUCACUGAAUUAUGUUACAACUGGAGAUGAAAACUGUGGAUGCCUUGUCCAUGAAAUCUUGGCAGGUUUCCUGCAGCUGAUACCAUCUUGGGCUUUCUACAGCUCUGUUUUUCAAAAGUUCUUCCUGACUCAAUACUCAGAUUAUCUAAAGCAGAAUGUCAACAACAAGAAGUUCAACACUGGACAAGUGCUGGAAUCCAACUUUGCUUCUCGUUACCAAGUUCAUGUCUAG